UCGGUCAGUACGCAACCGCGAUCAGCGAAGCGGCGUUAUUUCGCUAAGUCACGCUAGAAUUAUUCUAGAAACAGAGCAUAAGGUUACAUAUAAUGGCUAGUAACGUGAUAGUAGUACCAGAUGAUUCAAAAUUCCAAGUAGAAUUAACCAACGCAGGCUCAAAGUUGGUUGUUGUAGAUUUUACUGCAAGUUGGUGUGGACCAUGCCAGAGGAUAGCUCCAAUCUUUGCUGAGUUGAGUGGGAAAUACCCAGCAGCUGUGUUUCUCAAAGUGGACGUGGACCAAUGCAGGCAAACGGCUGCAGGGAAUGGAAUCCAGGCCAUGCCAACAUUUAUCUUCUUCCGUAGUAAAGUUAAAUUGGAUAUGCUGAGAGGUGCUGACCCUGUAGCUUUGGAAGAUAAAAUCAAGAGGUUGUAUGGUGAUGAUGUUGCUUCGCAGGAGGAAGGAGGAGAUAAGAGUUCAUAUCCUGAUGGACAUAUGGACCUUGUCACAUUUAUCAAUAAAGCAGGCAGUGAGUGUCUCAAUGAUUCAGAUGAUCAUCCAUUUGCAAACUGCCUGCAGAGUGGCGGGGUGUAUUUGGAGUCAGACUGUGAUGAACAGUUGAUAAUGGCUAUCACAUUUAAUCAAGCAAUAAAGCUUCAUUCAUUAAAAAUCAAGGGACCAGCUGAGAAUGGCCCUAAAACCAUUAAGAUGUUUGUUAACCAGACUCGCACCCUAGACUUUGAUUCAGCUGACUCGAUGACACCAGUACAAGCCAUUGACCUAGCUGAAGAAGAUCUUAUGGAAGGAGAGCUAAUACCUCUACGAUUCGUGAAGUUUCAGAAUGUCAAUAACAUAACGCUUUUUGUUAAAAAUAAUUUGGGUGAUGCUGAAGUGACACGCAUCGAUCACCUGGUCUUUGUUGGAUCGCCACAAGCAACCACAAACAUGAGUGACUUCAAAAGGGUUGCAGGCAAGCAAGGAGAAAGUCACUGAUAGGUAAACAUUAACAUAUCUAGAACCUCCAAUAGCAGUGAAUGCAAAGUAUAAGUGCCGAUUAUACGUCUGCAUUGCCAUUGACAAGUUACACCUUGUUAAAACUUUUAUUGCUUACUUACUAAUACAUGCAUGUAACUUAUUAAGGUCACGUUUGUACAGAUUUUCAGUAUCACACAUACAAUGUUUUCAUGAAAAAUGCAACAGACAUGAUGAUUUUGUUUUAUUCCCAUAAAAUCUAAGCAUGGUUUAGACAUGUUUAAAAAGGAGCCUUAUAUACUGUGUUUGAAUUUAACAAAUGUGUAUAAAGAGGUUCAUGUACAUAUUAUGAUAUUUCUAUCCCUACUUUCAUUUUGUCAAAACAUGGAUUGCUUUGGAUUUGAGUUAACAGUUGCUUUGCUGAAAUAAUAUUAAAGAAUGUAGAUGGCGCUUGUGGUGCCAAGCGACUACGUACUGAGAAGUUUACUGAAGAUUUUAUGCUAAAUUAACAUGAAGGUCGUAAUGAGAUGCAUUUAGAACUCCCUGUAUAGACUGGUGGAGUGGAUCCAAUGUGGUGUAUUUUAACGUUCUCAAGGGCCAGAUUUCUCUCAUAUUUAUAACAAGUGAAGCAUUAUGCAGCCAUCCAGGAAUAAAUCUUUUCAUGAUAUCACUAGUGGUACUCUGUUGUUUUUUGUGUUGGUUCAAUUUUCAGCACUAUUUGCAGCGAACAAUGUGUUUGAAAGCUGUUUUCGAGCAAACUAUUUAUUAUUGUAAAAGUUCUUUGUACCAUAUCUUGUCUUACUUUAAGGUUUCUGACUGUGACAUUGAAAUUACACCAAGACUUUUGUGGCAGCAUAUAUAAUUGACAAUAAGCAAUUGUGUAAUUUUUACUGUUUAUGGUUCAUCCACCAUAAAAAGCUAUGCAUAUGAACAAAAUAGUGAAA